CCUCAAAGAAACUUCCGUUGGAGUCGUCGAUUCGUACAUGCCCGAACCGACGUAAUGGAUCGACGGGUGUUCUUGUCGGCUGCUGCUCCCCCUCCUAUGAAUGGGACUCAAUGGUGGUGGUGGCGAGCCAAUACCAUCAUCUGAUGACUCGGACAACACAGAUUUAUCGGAUUUUGCUGCGAAAGAGUCUCUUCGCUUGCGACUCGUAUACUUGCGAACCCUCCAUCGAUCGAAGCGCGACCUGUAUGCCCGGAUUCUAUCACACGAUUACGCGUUAGAGACAGGCAACGACUAUUGUCAGAGCAACGACGAGGAACAACAAACAAGACCCGAACGUCCCCAACGAGCAAACGCCGGUGACCACCAUCGAGAUACAACACGAGACACAAUACACAUCUCGAACGCAGGAAGAAAUACUUACGAAGCUCUGAACCGAUACCGUUCCUCCAUGAACUUCUUUACCUCAUGAAGAGGCUUGUUGUUAUCCUUGUACUCCCGGAUGAUGAUAUGUCUGCCAUGCGGUUGAGGAAAACCAGAAUAUCGAGAUGGUGGUUGCAGGAUUUGCUACCACGAUGACGGGUUAAGAGGUAAGUGGUAUGUUCGGAAUCCAAGUCACAAUGCAAAGCAAUGCCUGGGAAGUUAAAGAGAUGGAAAUAGAAUGGCUUGGGACAGCAAACAUCAUGAAGGGCGGUCAUUGUCUUGGGUCUAUAUAGGACCAAACCCAAGACACGAGUUUGUAUAUUGGUGUCAUGAUGCCAAGUCACAUUCUUCCUAUGACCAGAAGAGGAUGUCCAGAUUAUCGAUCGGAUACCUUACAGCCAUGACUGUUUUCACAGCACAUGGUGCCCGGCAUGCAGACGGCUAUGAAGCCAUUGCUUCCACUCGGGGUUGUCUUGCGACUGACCGACCACUGGGGAGAGGGGGUGGUGAUGAGCGCACAAGGCUACGAAUGGAAGAGACAUCCAGCCCUAUCUACUCCCUGCCUAGCUUGCCAUACCUGAAUUGCGGGGAGAAAUGUUUGGGAAAGCUUGGUGGACACUCAUGAGCACGUACCGUGCCUCUGGUGUUCAAGCGGGAAUCGACCGGAAACCAACCAUACUGGGCAAGAGACAACGUCAACAACAGAGUAUCAGCCAUUGACGGGCCACGAAAGUCGGUGGGACACGCUGCGCACCGCGAUACGCGCCAUCGGUAACCGGGAGUGGUUCCGAAUCGGCCGUGUGCCUGGUCACAACGGGGUGAGGUGGGUGAGUACAGUUAGGCAGACAGCUAGGCAGCCUUCUCCGCCUCGGCAAGUACCAAAACGUGGACGAGAAGGCAGGCUGGGCAGGCAGGCAAUGCAAGAUGACGGACGGAUGAAAGCAACGAUAAUUACCUCUAUGCACAAUUAAGGCGACAAGCUAGUUAUGCAAGAGGGAAGAAAUCUACUACCACGUG